ACUCCCCAUCAAACCUUUCUACACAAACACUCAAAGCUGUCCUCUCUCUCUCUUUCUCUCUCUCUCUAUAUACAUAUAUAGCAAGAAAUAGCCAUGGCUAAGCUUGCUUCAAUGGUGGUAUUUGUGAUCCUUGUUAUAUCCAUGCUUUCUGCCACUAUUCUGGCUUCAAAGACCAGGAACCACAAUGGUGGUUCAGGCUAUGGUCCUGGAAGCUUAAACCCCACACAGUGUCUGCCACAAUGCACAAGGAGAUGUAGCCAGACACAAUACCACAAGCCAUGCAUGUUCUUUUGCCAGAAGUGUUGCAAGAAGUGCCUUUGUGUUCCCCCUGGUUUCUAUGGCAACAAGGGGGUUUGCCCUUGCUACAACAACUGGAAGACCAAGGAAGGAGGACCCAAAUGCCCCUAAUCAUCCAACUACUAUUACUUUCUUAAUUACUUAAUCACUCCAUAAUAAUCCAUUAAUUAAUAAUUGAUUUCCCCCAAUUAGUUUGGUGCAUGCAAUUAUAGUUGCAGUUUACUUUGCUUGGAUAUCUGUUUUCCUAGUUCCUUUUUGUUCUUCUUUUGUUUUAAUUAUUAUUGUUAUCCGGUCAUUGGUUCUGUGACCCAUAAUCACUUGUGUUAAUUGUAUUGUAUGGCUCCUUUUGGGUAGAAAUAAUUUGUAAUACCCAAGAUGAGAGCUGAUGUUGUGUUGGACCAACUUUUGGUCUUACUUAAUUAAUUUGAUAUGUUUUGUUAGAAAAUUUA